AGAAUUCGGCGCGCGAAAGCUCCAGCAGGAAGUGAGAGAAGCUGAAGGCGGACGGCGGCCAGUUUGGGAUUUGAAUCUCUCAAACAACUUCCAUAAUCUUUAAACAUCUACUUUAAUAUGGCAGACCCAAAGGACCAGGAAGAGCAUGACACCACUGCAGAGAACGCAGAGGACUCCAAUCAUGAUCCCCACUUUGAGCCCAUCGUGUCUCUUCCAGAGCAGGAUGUUAAAACGUUAGAAGAAGAUGAGGAGGAGCUCUUUAAAAUGAGGGCCAAACUGUACCGUUUUGCCUCUGAGAAUGACCCACCAGAGUGGAAGGAGAGGGGAACYGGUGACGUCAAGCUGUUGAAACACAAGGAGAAAGGCACAAUCCGCCUCCUGAUGAGGAGAGACCGAACCUUGAAGAUUUGUGCCAAUCAUCACAUUAUUCCUGUGAUGGAGCUGAAGCCCAACGCYGGCAGUGACAGAGCAUGGGUGUGGAACACAUUAGCAGAUUAUGCUGACGAAUGCCCCAAACAGGAACUCCUGGCAAUACGCUUUUUAAAUGCAGAAAAUGCUCAGAAGUUCAAGGUGAAGUUUGAUGAGUGCAAGGAGGAGGUCAGAAAAAUCCUAGAGAAAUCAGGUGACRUUGACAGUGCAAAUAAGAUGGUUGAGAAACUGGGGGAACUAUCCGUUAAAGACAAGACAUCCGGGGCAAAGAAAGAAGACGUCAAAAAGGAGAACGAGAAGAAAGAAGAUGAGAAAAAAGAGGUGAAAGCUGAGGAGAAGAAUUAAGAACCAAGAACUUGCUUUGCUGAUCUUCAGUUUAUUGUUUUUUCCUCUUUUUCUACAAGACUCUAAAUGAACUGAAUUUGGACACUUGCAUAUUAGUUUUUUUUUUAAAUCUGUUUUGCCUCAAGAUUACAAGUCUUUGAUGCCACUGGGUGGGUGGGGGAUAUCAACAAAAGUGUAAAUGACACAAAACACAGGACCUCCUGCCCUUUUUCUCCAUGCAUAAUGGAAAACCACGAUUUUCCAUUCUUGUCAUUGAAAGUUACUAUUGACAAACUGUGAAGAGGCUUGUGAUAGUGAUGAAUUCCCACAUUGGGGUAUUUUCUGUUUUGUUUUUGGUUUAUUUUGCUAUUCUGAAGCAGAGUUAAUUUGUAGGGGGUGAGGAUAAUGUAGCCUGCUCAUUAGCAGCACAGGGUCAGGGACCAGGCAUAAGGAUGGAGUGAAACCCUGCGAGGUGUCUCAGUGGGCCUUCAUACCCUGUCCACACUCCUACUGUUAGGUCACAAGUAAGGUGCYGACUUCUCAGUGGGUUCUUUGUAGAGGUAGUUUCUUGGUGCCCUCUUUAUGCAGAUCUGAUGGUAGCUGACUUGAGAGGAAUCCACUCCAGACAGUUGAAAAGGCAAGAUGCAGGUCAAAAUGUUCACUUACAGCUUACUGAUGGAUCAGAUGCACUUCACUAAAAAAUAUUUCUUUUUUAAGUGUCUCGAAACUAAAAAGCCCAAAGUAAACGGUUCAUCAGUUUGGUGUAGCUUUUUCCCCUUCUCACCCGAGUUUCUCACCAUGAGAUCAGGUUUGCAUUUAUUUUUUUUAGCUUAACAUUCCCAGACUUUAAAGCAUGUAGAGUAUAUGUAACGGAGUGUGCCCCAUCUAAUUUGUGUGCCUGUCAUCCACAACUUUUCUUUUCCACUAAAUCAGUUUUCAACCUCGAUCCAUACGUGCAGCCAAGUGCCAGUGCAUCUGUAAAUACAUGUAUAUGGAUGAAAUGUUGCUCUUCAUUUGCACUCGGAUGAUCUGAACUGUUUCCUCCAGCUUCAAUAAAAACCUGUCUAAGACCG